AUGGGGAUCCUGGGCAAAGGCUCGGGGUGGUGCUUCUGCUCCCGCGGGGCCAAGCUGGAGCGGAUCAAGUCCAGCCUCCUCGCCGCAAAGGGCGCCGCCGUAGCCGCCGUAUCCUUCCCCAGCGGCGGCGGCGGAGGCGGAGGAGGAGGAGGAGCUGGAGGCAAAGGUGGGAGUGGGUUCCUCAUCCACCGCGGCCUCCUGCUCACCACGCACGGCACCAUCCCAUCGGCCGCCGCGGCGGGCAUCGCCGAGGUCCGGCUCAGCCACGGCCGCCUCCUAGCUCGCCUGGUGCCGCAGAGGUUCUUUAUUACCAGUUCUAUUCUUGACCUUACAAUAGUUGGCCUUGACGUCGUGGAUGAUGACCUGAGUUCACAUGGGCAACAGCCUCAUUUUUUGAAAACUUGCUUGAACCCCAGCUUGGACCUUGGCAGUACAGUUUUGCUACUGGGCCACAACAGAAAUGAUUUGGCUGUAGGAGAGGGGAAGGUUGUAAUAGCUACAGACAACAUUAUAAAGUUCUCAAUUGAUGAAGUCUUGUGGCAUCCUGGAUCUGCUGGGUUUGAUAUGCAUGGCAAUCUAGCUUUUAUGGUCUGUGAUCCCAUGAAGAUUGCACCAUCUACACCUAAUGGGUAUGCUGCUGCAUCAUCAACUGCCCUUUGUACAUCAAAAAAGGAUGUGCCCACACAGUUUGGGAUCCCUAUCCCUGCGGUAUGUGAAUGGUUAAAACAACACUGGAAUGGUAGAUUAGAAGAUGUUAGCAAGCCGAUGAUGACUCCUGCACGAUUGACAACCUCUGGAGAACGAAGUGGGCGUUCUUCCCUUGGUCAUCUUCGUUAUAUUAAGUCCACAGAGGUAGAAGGUGGUGAUGUUUUGUCAUCAUCACAGAUGCCACCAAGACCAACAUGGCAGCAUGGAGCAUGCAGUUCAGCAUCUGCCAAGAUUUCACAUGACGAAAAGGAUUCGAUUGGCUCACAUUCUUUCCAUGGGCAACAUGAGCUGACCUCAAAAAUUUGCAAACCUCAGAAAGAGCAAGUUACUUCACUUGUGGAGCAUUCAAGAUCUAUUCGCCUACCCCUUCCCUUAAAGCAAAUGAUGCCCGAUGAGAACAAGAAUGAGGCGAACAGGCAAGCUCCACACAGAACACAACCAUCUAAUGUGCAAAUGAACUGUGGCACUCUUCACAAUGUUGCUUACCAUGAAAAUUGCUGGAGUGAGGUGCAGUCCAGUUCCUCCCCACUUGCAAUAUCCGAAUUAGGAGAUGAGAAGAAUGGUUUUAGCAGCGGGGAGGAGACAAUGUACUCCGCUGAAACAAGGGAAAGCCGGAACAUUCCAAGUCCAAAGGAAAAGAAAACCGAGAUGGUUGGUAGAUCACAGAGUUUUGUGAACCAUAGCAAAUGGGACUCGCCUAAAAGUGUUGAAUCUUCUAGAGGGUUUCCUUCAAAGUCACAGACCUUCAUUCCUUUAAGGAAACCACAUCUGCAGGCUGCAGCCAUUUCACAGAAGAGCCAAGAUUAUUUCAGCCCGACUGUCUCGUCGAACAUGAAGAAGAGGAACUUGUCCCAAACUCCCAUGAAACCCAGGCAGCGUGCUCAAGUUACCUCGAAGUGGAUAACUUGA